CUUUAAGUUUGAUAAGAACUUGCAUGUUUACUUGAUUAAGGUUGUCAGAAGAACAUGUGGGGCAAACAGUGUAUGUCACGCUGUAAUCAGUAUUGCAGAAGUGAACAAUGCUUUCCUGGAAACGGUUCAUGCGUUUGGGGAUGUGAUACUCGAGAUUGUCUUGAUGAUAUAUGUGAUAGUUAUUCUGCAGUCUGUACUAUUGGUUGUACUAAGCAUCGAGCGGGAAAAUACUGUAACAAAUAUAACCUUGCAUACGAUGGUAUACCAUCACAUUCACCUGAAAUCGGUCAGUCAUCCAGACUAGCAAUUGAUGGUAACAGAAGUGAAAGAUCGUGUUUAAACGUGAUAGGAGGAAUCUCUUGGUUACAAAUUGAUCUGAAAGAUAUCAGCAUAUUUAACGCACUAUAUGUAACAUUAGGUGAUUCAAUCACUAAUUCAAGUAGUCAUUCUAUUUAUGCUACCAACACGAGUGGAUCUUGGGUUGGCGAAGUAGAGCUAUUCAACGGAAUAUCAAAUGGCACUGAUAUUUCUAUAAUUAAUAUCAACGCCGUUGCAAGAUAUGUGAUGUAUGUACCACCAGUGGUAAACGAACGGUCUCAGGUUCAUGUGUGUGAAAUAGAAAUAGUUGGGUGUCCACCUACACAGUAUGGUUUCAUGUGUAAUAUAUCAUGCCCAGACAACUGUCAUGGACCAUGUGACCUAGACACAGGGAAAUGUAUUUUUGGAUGUUUGAACGGUUGGAUUGGUGAGAGAUGUGAGACAGCCUGUGACGAUUGGUAUUUUGGAAAUAACUGUGAAGGAGAAUGCAAUUGUCGUUCUCAACCAUGCAAUAAAAAUUCUGGAAAAUGCCCUGACGGAGGGUGCAAAAUGGGUUGGUACACCCCAUCAUGUAACAAAGAAUGUAGUAAUGGUAGAUUUGGAUUUAACUGCGAAGGAAGUUGUAAGACAUGCAUCAACAUGUCUUGUGAUACUGAAGAAGGAAACUGUACAAAUGGUUGCAUUCAGUAUCAUAGUGGUCCUCGAUGCCAAAUUACAUAUUAUGCCCCAUCUACAGAAAACCAAGCAAGUGAAACAGUUGCUUUUUUUGGAGGAGGCGUUUCUGCAGCAAUUUUGGUUAUUGUUCUAGUAGUGGUGAUAUUUUUGCUCUAUAAAAAGAGAUCAACUACUGAAGAAAACCAUGCAGAAGAUGAACUCACAAAAUUAGGUCAUAAGACUUCAAAGUCUCAAGAUGAUUGUACCAUUUUUGAUUCCAAAACAAAUUUUGAUGAUGUUGCGGAUACCAUUCCUAACGUCGACGGUACGAACAGAACUAUGUGUGAAGAAACAGAGGAAAUACCGACAUCAAGUGAUGAUGACACAAAUGUAUACACCAAUGUACCUUCACAACCAGCUGUUCGCAAACACAAAAUACAAGUCGAAGAUCUUAUGAAAUAUAUCAAAGAGAAGCAAGCAUGUGGAGGAUUCAAGGAGGAAUUUGAGAUUUUACCCAAAGGCCUUAUUCAUCAACACACUGAAGGUUCAAAGGAGGAGAACAAAGUUAAAAAUCGUUUCCUCACAACAUUUCCGUAUGACCACUCACGUGUUGUACUCACAGGAGACACGAAGCACGAUUACAUCAACGCCAGUUACAUUGACAGCUAUAACACAGAAAAAUCAUACAUAGCAUCACAAGGUCCUAAAAAGAACACAGUGAGGGAUUUCUGGCAUAUGAUUUGGCAAGAAAACGUUGGGAAAAUAGUAAUGGUAACCCAAAUUGAGGAGGAAAGAAGGAAAAAAUGUGAACAAUAUUGGCCCCAAGCACUCAGCAGACCAAUGGGAGUAGACAAUUAUAGACUGACAAUUACAGAGGAGACCUAUCAUACGGUUUAUGUCUACAGACUGUUGACGAUAUAUAGCAAGAGGGAUCAGCAAGAACGACAAGUGUUUCAUUUCCAUUUCACUAAUUGGCCUGACCAUGGUGUGGCAGACAGUAUCAAUCUGGGUAACUUUUAUAGGAAAGUAAAAGCAAAACAAAUUGAAAGGAAUGGACCUAUGGUUGUCCAUUGCAGCGCUGGUGUAGGUAGAACAGGAACAUUUGUUGCUAUAGAUGCAUUAUAUGAACAUGGAAAAGAAGUUGGUUAUGUAGACGUUAUGGAGUAUGUGACAAUGAUGAGAAAAGAUAGAAUGAAUAUGAUUCAGACACACGAACAAUAUGAGGCCGUGUUUGAUGUACUAUUAGAGUUGUUCACGGUCCCACAGACCGCCAUAAGAAAGAGUGAAUUCUGUAGAUACAUAGAAAAUCAAGGAAACCAGACGAUACCUCAAAAUCAGAAAAUGUACAGAUUAGAGUUUCAGUUACUUACCUUACGACCAUCGUAUUCUGCUGAAGAAUAUCAAGCUUCAAGAUUAAAAGAGAAUAUUACGAAGAACACGACAAAUGUACUUGCACAUGAUAAGUUCAGGCCUUUUCUUAUGUCAUAUGGCAAAUCAAGAAAUGAUUAUAUCAAUGCAGUUAUUAUUCCUGGAUAUUUUGAGAACAGUGUGUUCUUUGCAACACAAUGUCCUUUGGAAGAAACUGUUCUUGAUUUCUUGACCAUGAUUUCUGAUCAUGACUCAAAAAUUAUUGUUUUGUUGGAUUCAUCUAACAAAAAUGCUCUAUUGUGGCCAGAGAAAGACGAAAUGCUAGAGUUUGAAGAUUUCACUAUUGUGCAUGAACGAGCAAGUACACGUGGGAAAAUGGAGCUCAUUUUGAAUCAUAAGAAACAGAAAGAGAAAAGGACAAUUAUUGUCUUCACUUUAGAGGAGUGGGAAGAGAACACCAUCAUACCUCCUACAAAGGAAUGUAUGCUGGAACUUUUGCAACUUGUAAUUAAUUGUUGGGAGAAAGGGAAAUGUCCGAUAACUGUAGUUUGUUGUAACGGCUGCAGCAAAUGUGGGCUAUUUGUUGCUAUGAAACUGAUUUUAGAAAAAAUGGAAAUAGACGACGAAGUGGAUGUUUUCCAAAUAGUUCGAGCGAUGCAGAUACGGAGGCCAGAAUUCUUUUUAGAAUUUGAUCAGUAUGAAUAUUGUUACAAGUGUAUCAACAAACUUUUAGAAGGCGACUCGUUGUAUGCCAAUGUAUAAAUAAGUUUUGUGUCAUAUCUUGUAUACUCACUUGAAGAAAUUUUAUUCUAUGCUUUGUUGUCAUGAUUGUAUGUCAUGUAUUGUAAUAACAAAAUUGUAAUCGACACUGAUUAUGUGAAAUUUAGUGUGACAAUGCUAAAUAUUAUUUGUUAUUGUAUUGUGUUUUGAAUAACAUGAAUAACAUUAAUAAUAAUAUUACUUAAGUAAUUCUGGACAUACUUUUACCUAAGUAUCCCAGAAAGCAUACUAAAGGAUCCAUGUAUUUUUUUGACAAACUCAAAUGACGAGGGAAACAUAAAAAGAGUUUAAACGCAUAAAGCUUUACCAAAUACAAUUUAAUAACCAAAUGAAUGCUAUUACCAUCUCUGCUAUAUAAUACCGCAUAUUUCAUUUUUGUACCACCGAUUCACUGAUCUUCCACGCAUUUAAAUUAACCGAAUAAUAUAAAUGUGAGUAAUGGAAUUCAAUUUUAAAUGGAUUAUGAAAUGAGUAUGAAAAUAAAUCAUGCAAUACAUAUGGUAA